UGACCCUACAUCUCCACAAAUUCUUUCAGGGCACUGCCGUGAAGGAGGACAGAAGAGGCUGCAGCUGAGAGGCGAUCUGCCCUUUCUGGUCACCAAGGGUUUCAGAUCUCCUCCCCUAGCCUCUCCCAGUCUUUUGUACUUUCUGUGCUAAUCCAUCCAGUGCAGCAUACACUGACAGAGGCAGGAGCUGGAAAGCCUGCUCUGAAAGCCUCUGAAUGCUGCUGGACCAGCCGCAGGCAUGAACUUGAAAACUGUGCUCAUCAUCCUUGGUCUGGCGUUAGCCACGAUCUUUGCCUUGGUCUGCGUGUUGCUGACCAGAGAAAGGACCCCCAGAAGCUGCCAGCACCUGCCCCCAGAGCAGGAGGACACUGAGGAUGGCCAGAGCCUGGUGUUUGCUGACCUGACACCUGAGGAGAUGUCCCAGGUGGUGGGGUACCUGCAGGGACACCUCGGGGUGCCGCUGGUGGACGCCUCCCGUGCCAAACCCUCGGACAACUGCAUCGCCUCCGUGGAUCUGCAGGUCCCCGGCAAGGCAGAGGUGCUGCGGUUCCUGGACGGCGGCGGGGCUCGUCCCCCCCGGGAGGCUCUGGCUGUGCUGUACUUUGGGAAGCAGCCAGAGCCCAACAUCACCGAGUACGUGGUGGGGCCGCUGCCGAGGCCAGCGUACCACCGAGACGUGACGGUGCAGAAGUACGGGGGGAAGGUGCCCUACCACCGCAGACCGACGCUGGCUGUUGAAUACAAGCAGAUCGGAGGUUUUCUGAAGAGCCAAGUGUUCCCCUCAGCUCCAGCUUUCAUGCAACAAGUUAUGGAGUAUGAUGGAACCAAUCUUGCAGUUGUGACAGCUGCUCCCCGUGGAUUCCAGUCUGGAGAUCGUGUCACCUGGUUUGUCCUGUUUCAGAACGUGAGUGGGUUCUUUGUGCACCCGGUGGGGCUGGAGGUGCUGGUGGACCACAGCAGCCUGGACAUCUCGCAGUGGGCAGUGAGCAGGGUGUUCUACAACGGGCAGUACUACAGGGACAUGGUGCAGCUGGAGAGCGCCUACGUGCAGGGUCGGAUCAGCGUGGAGAAGGUGAGGAAGGCGCCGUGGGACGGGGACUUCUCGUCCAUGAGGCCUCGAGCGCCUGCGGCCGCGCAGUUCCCGGUGCAGUUUGAGCCGCAGGGUCCCCGCUACAGCGUCAGGAACAACCAUGUGCUGUUCCAGGGCUGGAGCUUUGCCUUUGGGAUGAGCGUGAGCACAGGCCUGCGGCUGUUUGACAUCCGACACAAGGGGGAGAGGGUUGCCUAUGAGAUCGGCGUGCAGGAGGCGCUGUCCGUGUACGGCUCCAACUGCCCGGGAGGGAUGUCCACGCGCUACAUGGACGGCAGCUUUGGCCUGGGGCGCUACACCUCCCCCCUGGUGCGAGGGCUGGACUGCCCCUACCUGGCCACCUACGUGGACACACACGCUCUGUCUGACAGCCUGAGGCCCGAGAAGAGGAAGGCUUCGCUCUGCAUCUUUGAGCAGAACCUGGGCUCCCCUCUGAGGCGCCACUACUCCAACUUGCAGUCGCUCUACUACGGGGGGCUGGUCAACUCCGCUCUGGUCAUUCGGUCCAUUGCCACCGUGGGCAACUACGACUACGUGUGGGACUUCAUCUUCUACCAGAACGGGGCCCUGGAGGGCAAGGUGCAGGCCACGGGGUACCCAAGCUCAUCCUUUCUCCAUGGGGAUGGCCUGAGAUACGGCAAUAGGCUUUGGGAGCACACCCUGGGUACAAUACACACCCAUUUUGUCAACUAUAAGGUGGACUUGGACGUGGGAGGUAGGUCUGGAUCUUCUUUUAACGUCUGCCAUUGUUCGUAUAAGCCCCAGAGCUUUGAGGUUUGCCUCCUUGUCCUUACAGUCCCUAAUAACUAACAU